CGCCGCUCCCGACGCCGGCACCGGCCCCGGGCUCCGACCCGCCGCCAUGUCCUUCCGGAAGGUGGUGCGGCAGAGCAAAUUCCGGCACGUGUUCGGGCAGCCGGUGAAGACGGACCAGUGCUACGAUGACAUCCGCGUGUCCCGCGUCACCUGGGACAGCACCUUCUGCGCCGUCAACCCCUCCUUCGUCGCCAUCAUCGUGGAGGCCAGCGGCGGCGGCGCCUUCCUCGUCCUCCCCCUGCACAAGACCGGACGCAUCGACAAGUCGUACCCCACGGUGUGCGGCCACACGGGCCCCGUCCUCGACAUCGACUGGUGUCCCCACAAUGACCACGUCAUCGCCAGCGGCUCCGAGGAUUGCACCGUCAUGGUGUGGCAGAUCCCGGAGAACGGGCUGAGCCAGCCGCUGACGGAGCCGGUGGUGGUCCUGGAGGGCCACUCGAAGCGCGUCGGCAUUGUCACCUGGCACCCCACCGCCCGCAACGUCCUGCUCAGCGCGGGCUGCGACAACGUGGUGCUGAUCUGGAACGUGGGCACGGCGGAGGAGCUGUACCGCCUGGACGGGCUGCACCCCGACCUUAUCUACAGCGUCAGCUGGAGCCGUGAUGGCUCCCACUUCUGCACCGCCUGCAAGGACAAGAGCGUUCGUGUCAUCGACCCCCGCCGUGGCACCGUGGUGGCCGAGAAGGAGCGGGCACACGAGGGAGCCCGUCCCAUGCGCGCCAUCUUCCUGGCCGACGGCAAGAUCUUCACCACUGGCUUCAGCCGCAUGAGUGAGCGGCAGCUGGCACUGUGGGACAUGGAGAACCUGGAGGAGCCCAUGGGGCUGCAGGAGCUGGACUCCAGCAACGGGGCUCUGCUGCCCUUCUACGACCCCGACACCAGCGUGGUCUAUGUCUGCGGCAAGGGCGACUCGAGCAUCCGCUACUUCGAGAUCACCGAGGAGCCACCCUACAUCCACUUCCUCAACACCUUCACCAGCAAGGAGCCCCAGCGGGGAAUGGGCUGGAUGCCCAAGCGCGGGCUGGACGUCAGCAAGUGCGAGAUUGCCAGGUUCUACAAGCUGCACGAGCGCAAGUGUGAGCCCAUCAUCAUGACCGUGCCAAGGAAGUCGGACCUGUUCCAGGACGACCUGUACCCGGACACGGCAGGCCCCGAGGCGGCCAUGGAGGCGGAGGAGUGGGUGGCGGGGCGCACGGCGGGGCCCGUGCUGGUGUCCCUGCGCCAGGCCUACGUCCCCAGCAAGCAGCGGGACCUCAAGGUGAGCCGGCGCACGCUGCUACAUGACAGCCGCGCCGCCGGCGCCGCCGCCAGCGGGGCCACCAUGCCACCUCCCGCGGCCCCCGCGUCCACUCGCUUCAGUGCCCCCCCGGUGCUUGACUCCGGCAGCACCACGGGAGGUCGCCUGGAGGAGGUGCUGGAGGAGGUGGCGGCGCUGCGGGCGCUGGUGGCGGAGCAGGGCCAGCGCAUCUCCCGCCUGGAGGAGCAGCUCAGCCGCCUCGAGAACGGCCACGUGUAGGGACCCUCUCAGGGACCACCGCCCCAGGGACUACACCUGCACCCCAGGGACCCCCCUGAACCAUCUCGCCCCCCUGGGGUGCUCCCCCUUGCCCUUCUCCAGGCCCUUCUAC